ACAAUUCGUUGGUAGCUAUCUCUUUUAGUUUAAAAGAUAUGAAUUUUUGAAAAUCGUCGAAAAAAAGUAUCAAGCACCCCCCCUUGGCAAUUUUUUCUUAAGACUUAAAACUUCAUCUCGUAGAUUUCCGUUUUAACUUGACAAUAUUUACUGCAUACAAAAGUGGGAACACGUGAAAUCAUUAAUUAUUGAUUAUAAUAGUCUAAAUUUCAUCACUAGGAUGCACUAAAAUUCAUAAAAUCUAGUUAUACGGCUUAUUUUUAUAUUUAUCGACAAACUUGGGCACGAGAAUAGUUUUGUACACAAUGCUGAUAUCUGCGAUUCGGUGUAAACAACGAUUUUAACCCAUGUGUCCCGCGCGCUAUCUCAGUCUAGUUUAGUUUAGAUCACAGGUAAUAUGCCUUCGACGCGACGUUUUUGCGCAUCUCUUGCUUUCUUAUCAUAUACUGUCCCGUCGUUGUUUACGCAGUUUCGGCAUGCACUAUCGGUGGAUUACAGCCAGUUUCGUGCCGGUCGCUGGUUAAUCCAGUCGUGUUUUGAGAGACUUACAUCGUUUAUUCGGACUUCAAUAUUCUAAAUUUGUGUUAUACUCGAAGAUCAAUCGACAAUUUAUUUGUACUUUGCGAUUAUAGUAAUUUGUUUAAUUUUAGGAAAUGCCGGUUUUUGAUCGCGUUUGUUAUGUAUAUUGCAAGUCACGUGAUAGUAGAUUUGAUAAUAUUCUUCAUUCGACGUUGUGUUUGGUGUCGGUUACUAAAUUAAUCGGAUAUAUAUUGCCCCCAUUCAGAAAGUACCAUCUGGCUCGUAUGCGGCGGCCGAUAUGAAUAUCGACACUCGAGAAUUGUAUGAUCCGGAUGCGUUGUGGAGAAGGAAGAAACAUCAUCGAUUGUCUUUCGGGCGCGUCACUGAUUUAGGGCAAUUUGUGACUGAUUUCGAGCCGGAGCCGGACAAGAAGAAUAGGUCGACCAUUCGCAGCGUGGUUAAACGGUUUGUGAAUCUCGAAGAGGAUAAGAAGAAGGAGGAGCUUGCUUGGCAAGUGGCGGAGAUGAUUGUUAAAGGUAUUACGAGCGUCACGCUUAGUGAACAUGAGCAGAAAGUUUAAAACAUUGAUCUGUGAGAUAUUUAUUAUUUAUAUGUAAGAUGAGUAUGACGAUGGAUGAUUUAAACGCACUAGAAAAUGUCGGGGUGAAAUACGUGUCGAACGAUGGUUUAUUUUAGAAUUUGCAAGUGGAAGAGUGGUUACAUUUACAAGAAACUUUUGAAUUAGGUUUUUUCUUGCAGGUAGGCAACCAAACUUGCUCUAAAUUUAAAAAUGCAAAGGUUGCAUGUAAAUGUAACCACGAUUCCCUCAGAGUGAAUUAAUUUGUUCAUUUUUUAUUAUGUUUUGAAGGUUUUAACUUGAUACGACACGUUAACUGACGCUUUUCACGCGCCUGAUGGAACAAUGAUGAUCAAUGAUGUAUAUAUUUUGUCAAACUUUGAAUAACUAGAGAGUAAUAAAGCAAUGUUACUAAUAUUUGCUGCUUGGAUCCAGUUUUAGUAUUCUGCAACCAAUCAUACAGCUUUGGAACAAACCACAGCCGAAAAUUUUGAUUGAAAGCAUUGAAUUAUGGUUUCAAUGUAAGGAGGGUGGCGGAAUUUAGGGGCAGUGAGAGCAGUUUAAUAAAUAAAAUAUCUCAAUGAUAGUCAAGAUUGUUUUUAAUCUCUGGGAUUUUUAGACUUCAUUGCUGAUAAUAGGAACGCACUCGUUGUCUACGUCCCGAUCAUAGCCUUCGGGACAAUCUUCCCCUGGCAAAUCCGAUAUCAUCCUACGAUGACUGUAGUACCAUGCACUACGCUUACGUUCGUUAUCCCAAACCACGCAGCAACUUCCGGUGCGGCCAUCAUUUGAGCGGACAGGUACGAGGUUACACUUUGGAGAGCCUGCUUCGACACCGAUUGCAGCCAUGAUGAACAUGGCCACAAUGGCAAACAAAACAAUGCGCAUCUUAGAAUUGCUUGACGUGUGUGCAAGAACUACAAAAGUUGAUAUUUUGAGUUUCAGGUGAUUCUGAUGCUUGCCGGUUUCAAAACCUGUGCUUUUAUAGGAAACGCGCCCCCGCAAUACUUUUACUGUUCUCACCUAUGAGUAACAUGAGUUGAAGAGCGUGAAAUUGAAUUAUUUAUUUACGUAGAUGAAAAGCAUAAGCACAACAAUAACAAUUAAGUCUACAUUUUUGAAUAUUUAUAUUCAUGCAUACACAAAUCAAAACAAAACCCACGAUGUAAUAAAUAAUAAUAGUUAUUGAUAAUUGGCAUAAAAUUUUUUAAAGAAAACACAAUUUUAUGACUGCGUUUUCGUCGGUUGUAGUCACUUGACGAUUGCCUAACGAUUGCUUGGAUUAUGCGCAGAACUAACCAAACUGUUGAUGGUGCGGCAAAGUCGCGUUUGUUCAUUUGUUCACAUCAUUGAACAAUAUCUUUGUUUAUAUAUUUGUAUUAUUUUAACGCAUGUGGCCCGCGCGCUGUCUCCUAGCGCCGCAUCAACUUGUUGCAUGCAGCGAAGUCUAGUUUAGUUUAGAUCACAGGUAAUUUGUCUUGAAAAUUCGCAUACAAGGUCGCGUGCUUUCGACGCGACGGCUUUGCGCACCUCUUGCUUUCUUAUCAUAUACUGUCCCGUUGUUGUUUACGCUGUUUCAGCAUGCACUAUCGGUGGAAUGCAGCCAGUUUCGUGCCGGUCGCUGGUUAAUCCAGUCUUGUUUUGAGAGACUUACAUCGUUUAUUCGGACUUCAAUAUUCUAAAUUUGUGUUAUACUCGCAGAUCAAUCGACUAUUUAUUUGUACUUUGCGACUAUAGUAAUUUGUUUAAUCUUAGGAAAUGCCGGUUUUUGAUCGCGUUUGUUAUGCAUAUUACAAGUCACGUGAUAGUAGAUUUGAUAAUAUACUUCACUCGGCGUUGUGUUUGGUGUCGGUUGCUAAAUUAAUCGGAUAUGUAUUGCCCCUGGCUUGUUUACAGCAUUCGCUGUGCCUGGCAGUCCGUUCAGCUGUACACUGGUUUGAUUCGGUGCCUUGAAUGGGAGUCUUUAUGGAUCUUUUGUUGGAUGAAGUAUUGUCUAAUCCUGAGAUGGCAAAGUUUAUCAAUAAGGACCAACUGGAGAGGUUUCGUGGUACUGGUGAAGUGCGUAUUGAGGAUGAUGUUUUGAUUACUGAAAAUGGAUGUUGCAACUGGACUACACUAAGUUCCAUGAACGUUUAUAGUGUCCAAGAAAUUGAAGAUUGGAUUGCCUGUGUUGAUGAUGAUUCCAAAUUCGAUUGAAUGAAUUUACAACAUUUCGAAGCUGUUAUUGAUAUCAUUUUUGUUUAUUAUGUUAAAAAUUGUAAAAAGAGCAUUGUAUAAUUACUUGUACAUAUUGAGAAAUUGAGUUACUGAUGGGUGUAUAUUCUACAUGUUUGAAUAAAAUUGUUGUUUUAUACUUUUAACUAUAAA